CAAAAAGAAAGCAAGCAAACAUGUAUAAAGUAGCAAGCCCAUCAGAAUAUCUGGUGAUCACCGGCGUCGGGAUUGAGGACAUAAGGCUUGCAAAGAAGGGAUGGAUCCUCCCCGGACAAUCCUACAUCAUCUUCGACAUGUCUCCCGUCAAUUACACCUUCGAAGUCCAAGCCAUGAGCUCCGAGAAGCUCCCCUUCAUGCUCCCCGCCGUCUUCACUAUCGGCCCCCGCAUCGACGACAUGCCCAGCCUCCACAAGUACGCCAAGCUCAUCUCACGCCACGACAAGCUCUCUACCCACGUCAAAGAGCUUGUCCAGGGUAUCAUAGAGGGGGAGACGCGUGUCCUCGCUGCCUCAAUGACCAUGGAGGAGGUGUUUAAGGGGACCAAAGAGUUUAAGCAAGAGGUGUUUGGGAAGGUUCAGUUGGAACUCAAUCAAUUUGGGCUUUUGAUAUAUAACGCAAAUGUCAAACAGUUGGUGGAUGUCCCGGGGCAUGAGUAUUUUAGUUACUUGGGGCAGAAGACACAGAUGGAGGCGGCCAACCAGGCUAAAGUUGACGUGGCGGAGGCGAGGAAGAAGGGGGAGAUAGGGUCCAAGGAGAGGGAGGGGUUAACGCUGCAGAAUGCCGCUAAGAUUGAUGCAGAAACAAAAAUAUAUGCCACGAGGAGGGUCGGGGAGGGGAGGAUGGCGGAGAUAAAGGUGAAAGCGGAGGUGAAGGUGUAUGAGAACGUGAGGGAGGCUGAGGUGGCGGAGGCAAAUGCUGAGCUGGCGAAGAAGAAGGCUGGGUGGGCGAUGGAGGCGCAGGUGGCGGAGGUGGAGGCCGCAAAGGCGGUGGCGUUGAGGGAUGCGGAGCUGCAGAAGGAGGUGGAGAGGAUGAAUGCCUUGACUAUCACGGAGAAGCUUAAAGCUGAGUUCUUGAGUAAGGCCAGUGUUGAGUAUGAAACAAAGGUACAAGAGGCAAAUUGGGAGUUAUACAUCAAACAAAAAGCCGCGGAAGCUAUUCUUUACCAAAGGGAGAAGGAGGCCGAGGCACAGAAGGCAAUUGCUGAGGCAGAAUUAUAUGCUCGUCAACAAGUUGCAGAUGGAGAAUUUUAUGCAAAGAAAAAAGAGGCUGAGGGUCUGAUGGCCCUUGGACAAGCCCAAGGUGCAUAUCUACGCACUCUUCUGGACGCCGUUGGCGGCAACUAUGCAGCCAUGAGGGACUUCAUGAUGAUCAAAAGCGGCAUGUUUCAAGAAAUUGCUAAGAUCAAUGCUGAGGCCGUGCGUGGACUUCAACCCAAAAUCAGCAUUUGGAAUAAUGGAGGCGGAGAGAGCGGCGAUGGCGGCCAUGGGGCUAUGAAGGAGGUGGCUGAGGUUUACAAGAUGUUGCCACCAUUGUUCAAGACAGUUCAUGAACAAACUGGAAUGCUACCACCGGCUUGGAUGGGCACUUUGUCCGAUUCUCAUUCAACCAACUCGGCUCUUACAACCAUGUGGUACAGAGUUGCGAAAGCUUCAGAGUAUCUAGUGAUCACCGGGGCAGGGAUCGACGACAUAAAGCUUGCAAAGAAGGCAUGGAUCCUCCCCGGACAAUCCUACACCGUCUUCGACUUGUCCCCAGUCAACUACACCUUCGAAGUCCAAGCCAUGAGCUCCGAGAAGCUCCCCUUCGUCCUCCCCGCCGUCUUCACCAUUGGCCCCCGCGAGGACGACAUGCCCGGCCUCCAUAAAUACGCCAAGCUCCUUUGCAGCCACGACAUGGCCUCCAACCACGUCCAAGAGCUCGUCCAGGGCAUCAUCGAGGGAGAGACGCGGGUUCUCGCUGCCUCGAUGACGAUGGAGGACGUGUUCAAGGGGACCAAAGAGUUUAAGCAAGAGGUGUUUGAUAAGGUUCAGUUGGAGCUGAACCAAUUCGGGCUUCUGAUAUACAAUGCGAAUGUGAAACAGUUGGUGGACGUCCCAGGGCAUGAGUAUUUUAGUUACUUGGGGCAGAAGAUACAGAUGGAGGCGGCGAACAAGGCUAGGGUUGAUGUGGCGGAGGCGAAGAAGAAAGGGGAGAUAGGGUCCAAGGAGAGGGAGGGGAUGACCCUGCAGAACGCGGCGAAGAUUAAUGCGGAGACUAAGAUCUAUGCAACGAAGAGGGAAGGAGAGGGGAAGAAGGAGGAGAUAAAGGUGAAGUCGGAGGUGAAGGUGUAUGAGAACAUGAGGGAGGCUGAGGUGGCGGAGGCAAAUGCUGAGCUGGCGAAGAAGAAGGCCGUGUGGACUAAGGAGGCGCAGGUGGCGGAGGUGGAGGCAGCGAAGGCUGUGGCGCUGAGGGAUGCAGAGCUACAACAGGAGGUGGAGAAGAUGCAUGCCUUGUCUAAGACGGAGAAGCUUAAGGCUGAUCUCUUGAGUGAGGCCACUGUUGAGUAUGAAACCAAGGUACCAGAGGCAGAGCUUUUUACCAAGAAACUAGAAGCUGAAGCACGACUCUAUGCCAAGAAACUAGAAGCCGAGGCACAAAAGGCAAUUGCAGAGUCCCAACUUUAUGCCAAGAAACAAGAGGCCGAGGCACAGAAGGCAAUCGCAGAGGCACAACUUUAUGCCAAGAAACUCGAGGCCGAGGGGCUCAUGGCUCUUGGGCAGGCUGAAGGUGCGUAUCUUCGUAGUCUUCUGGAAGCAGUUGGAGGCAACUACAAUGCCACCAGGGACUUCAUGAUGCUCAAGAAUGGCACGUUUCAAGAAAUUGCUAAGAUUAACGCCGAUGCUAUUAGGGGACUUAAACCCAACAUUAGCGUUUGGAAUAAUGGCGGCGGAGACAGCAGUGCCAAUGGGGCCUUCAAGGAGGUUGCUGGAGUUUACAAGAUGUUGCCACCAUUGUUGAAGACAGUUCAUGAACAAACUGGCAUGUUGCCUCCGUCUUGGAUGGGCACUUUGUCCAAUUCUCCUUCUACCAACUCGACUCUCGAUAGCACCUAAAUUCUUUUAAGUUC